CGGCUGUCCAGUGGCUGUGGAGGUACGCCAUGGUCGAAAUUAUGCAGAAAUUGCAGCACAAGGAGAGCUGUUCUCGUUUGGAAAAGAAGGUUAAUCUGUUGUUUUUUCUGCUUCGCGAUCCAACCUUUGCCAAGAAGUUGAAUCGUGAUAGGUCUGCCGAUGGCGAACUUUGUCGUCCUUGGGGAAUCUGUGUUGACUUACGCGGCCGAGUUUUGGUAGCUGACAGAAGCAACAAUCGCAUCCAGAUUUUCGACCGUGAUGGUGGUUUUCUUGCAAAAUUUGGUUGCGGUGGAACUCGCCCCGGACAGUUCGAUCGCCCUGCUGGAAUCACCGUCAAUACAAGAAAUAACAUAAUCGUGGCGGAUAAGGACAAUCACAGGAUUCAAGUUUUUGAUGAAAAUGGGAACUUUCUCUUGAAAUUUGGUGAAAGAGGCAGACCAAUCGGAAUGUUUAAUUAUCCAUGGGGAGUGGCAACAAAUAGUCAAAACCAUAUAGCAGUGUCAGAUACGAGAAAUCAUCGCGUACAAAUUUUCAACGAAAAUGGCCAGUUUAUUCGAAAAUGUGGCUUUGACACCGCCUUCUUCUACAAACAUCUUGACUCUCCGCGAGGCGUUUGCUACUUAUCUGAUGGUCAACUGCUCAUAACUGACUUCAACAAUCAUCGCUUGGCGGUACUUUCUUCACGUGACACUCCAGAAAUGAAGGUGUACGGUAGUGAGGGAAGUGUUGAAGGAAUGUUCUGUCGUCCUCAGGGAGUAAAGGUUGAUCCGGAAGGUCAUAUACUCAUCUGUGAUUCGCGAAAUAAUCGCAUACAGGUAUGAGA